CAGUCACUUCGAAUCAAUUCGACCCACGAUUUCGCCUCGUAGACGGUCCUCCACAGUGCUGGCACACUCGCAAUCGUGCUUCAUAAGCUUCGACCGCAUUUCGUACACCUAACCUCGACACACCGCUCGCGCGACCGAGAUCAAAGUUGACAAAGUAGACGCCGACCGACCGCCAGCGUCGACGAUCAGUGACCGGUUAACCGGGGGAUGGAAAUCAACAGCUUGUCCGCACCGUCGGUUUCUCCGUUCCGCUUGUGACUUCGUCGUCGUCGAGUGUUGCCGUUGACCGACCGCGACACGAGGAAGAUAAACAGGAGGAGGAAGCCUCGCCAGAGGACGAGGAGAAGCCAAGCGUUUCGAGAACGGUCGAAGAUAAGUUGUCGCGACAGUUGAAAAUCGGUUCGACGGUGCGGGGAAUUCGCGGAAGAUCGAUAAGCGAGCAUGAGAACGACGUGGAAUUGCGAUGCUCUCUGAGGAGGAUCCCGUAAGAUGACUAGCGACGCGACAGAGCCGCAGAGUGCGCCAGUUCGAGUGAUCGCGGCCGACAUCCUUGAGACGCCUCGCGAGCAGAUGACAGAGAGGAGGACCGGCGUAGAAAAAUCGGCUCGUUAUCGUUGUGGAAACAAACUAUUAGCGUAAGAUAGCAUCUGGUCGGAGCCGGUGUGUGACAGUUGCUCCGAUAAAUAUGUCGGGGAAGGAGCGUUCGUGAUACGUUCGCGGCAGCCCCGAGUGAACUUCGCGGUUUAGACCUUGAUCGGAAGCGAUCCGAUCCUCGGCGCGAACCGAUCCUCUUCUUCGACCAUCGAUGCACGCGGAGACGCAUGCUCGCCGCCUGUAGACCGCGACCGGCGUCCUAAUCGCUCUCGCAAGGGAGCAAACGAUGCGAGCCAGUGGCGAUUACAAAGGGGUCCCCCAUGACCUCGAACAUUAGUCUGCAACUUCUGUCCCGCGAGUCUGCCCAUGAAGCGAUCACGAUGGAGCCGCGUGGGAUGAUAAUGUCGAACUUGUCGUGCGACGGCUGCGCUGACAGCGAUCGGGACUCGGACAGCAGCAGCAUGAUCGUGGACCCGGUGAGUCUCGACAAGAACGAUUUGUCACCGUCCCAGUCGUCGUCGAGCCCGAUAAUCCCGAGCUCCCCGGUGCCCGCCACAGCCUCCUCGAGGAACCGCGGUGGCAGCCGCGGCAAGAAGAACUACACAAUGAUGUCGACGAACGGCCAGCAGAAGACCGGCUCGUCCGGCCAGGCCUCGACAUACGGGAACGACAAAAUGUCCUCGUCCCUGAUCAAGCCCCCGUACUCGUACAUAGCGUUGAUCACGAUGGCGAUCCUGCAGUCGCCGCAGAAGAAGCUCACCCUGAGCGGCAUCUGCGAGUUCAUCAUGUCCCGGUUCCCUUACUAUCACGACAAGUUCCCAGCCUGGCAGAACUCCAUCAGACACAAUCUUUCCUUGAACGACUGUUUCAUCAAGAUCCCCCGCGAGCCCGGCAACCCCGGCAAGGGGAACUACUGGACGCUGGACCCUCUGGCCGAGGACAUGUUCGACAACGGCAGCUUCCUGCGUCGCAGGAAGAGGUACAAGAGGCCCCCGCCGCACUACGUUCUCCGCGACAGAGCCAUCAUGGCAACUUUCGCUAUCUGCGGCGACCGAGGUCCUUGCCCCGGCGGCGGCGGCAGUCAUCCAGGUGCGCUAACCUAUCCCAGCGCCGCGUACCUGUCACCGCCGCCUGGCCUGCCGUUGCUCGACUUCUCGCCCUCGACCCUCGAGGCCCUGAAGCUCGGAGGAUUCCUGGAGCCGCCGCCGCCGCUGUACAAACCCGUGCCGAUCACCGCGCCGCCCAUCAGGCAGAUCGACCCGGCGCCGACGAGGACGCCGACGACGAUACCAACGAGUCAUCCGCCCGUCGACAAGAAGAGGAACUUCAGCAUCGACGCUCUGAUCGGCAAACAGGCGGCCAGCGAGCAGAACUGCGGCGGCCUGCUGGACCUCAGCCCGACGGAACACAGGGAGAUCAGAAGUCAGGCGUCCGCGUUCUCGCCACUGGUUUAGAGUUUCGGAGGAACCACCGCCGGUCGCAGUUUCCGCUCGAAGCCCAGCUGCGGUCGCUCGUAUCGGAGAACUAUUUUACCAUGUUCGUAGAGUCGUGCGCGCCGUCGCUGCUCGACGACUGGGAUCGCGGACAUGUUUUUUUAGUUGCGACGGCUUCCUGGAGACUCUGGAUCCCGCGGAUGGCGUCGAUGUCUUUUGCGGUUCUUCGAGGAGGACGAUGCUCGUGUUCGAGUCGCGUUUGUAUUUAGAUUUUUGUUCACUUCGAAGGGCAAAACGGAACGUGGUGGUAAAACGCGCGAGUACGGCCGGGGAAUUCUUGAUAUCACGCGGGAUGAUUCUUAGCCUCGGACUAAAUUGCUAGUGCUGAUCGUUGACUGUCCCGACUCGGCUGUCGACGCUAAGAAGACUCGCAGGACAAAUCCUGAAGAACCGGUGUCGCCGAUUACAGUGAAAUCCUCUGCAGGUACACGACACCGUAGAGAGAAACGGGCGACGGAGGACUCGCCGAGUAAAUGUCACGAGUACGUACGCUUUGUGUAAAAAAAAAACAGACGCGGGUAUGUUUGAAUAAUUGUAAAAAAAAAAGAAAAAAAUGAUCAAGUGUAGUGCAAUAGUGUAGUGAUUUGUUUAAUAUACGGGAAUACUCUUCUUUGAUCUUCGUUACUCGAACUUUACCAUUAGUGGUUUCUUUUCUAGCUGAACAAGUAGCCCCAUCGCGUCGACUCGUUUGUAAACGAUCGAUUAAUAUCGGCACUGUAAAUACACCCCCGCCCCCCGCCCCCCUUCUUCCCCCCACCCCGAACAAAUCUUUGCUCAGCUUUCUAUCGUUUACGUGGGUGCGAGCGAGGCGGAGAGAAUGCUGGGGCGCAAGAUUAUGCGUGCUCGAGAGAAAGAGAGAAAGUUGGGAAGGUCGGUUCUCUUCGGAGGAUCGCGCGUAAAACUCGAGUCGUCGUGUUUUUUUUCUGGUCAAGUAGACAUUUAGUGCGCAUAGGGAACGAGUUGUCCGACCGAACAUUUGUCAAAUUCGAUCGACGAAACUAUGUAUAUUUCGUAAUUGUUCGAGGCGAACCCGCAACAUUACGCUCGAACGAAUCCUUGCGUUCCCUUCUUUCGUUCGACACUGCACCGUUUCGUUCGCGCGAUCAACGCGACUUUUUCAUAGGCUGCGACGAACGAACAUCAGGCGCGUACAGCGGUUUCAUCGGCGAUGGCAAGAGCAUUUCAUCGUGGCGCGAGGGAAUUCGCGUCGAAUCGUUCGAAUCGGCGAACGAUCGAGCGGGAUUGAGUUAUAACCACGCUGCUCGGGAUGCUUAAACUAUUCGCGGAUUCGAACGAUUAUGUCGUUUAGCAAAGCAUGCGACGAGUAAUGAACUCUUUGAGCUAGUCGGGCAACGAUAUCCGCGACGAUAAAUUGCUGAAACAGAUGUUCCGCGUUCGUUCUCCCGAAUUCUUCGACGGCGCGACCUUUCUACGCGCAGCACGAUUAAAACCGGUCGAACAUUUCGACGAAUUUGGCGAGCCUGUCUGCGAGAACGUUUCGCGGCCUCGUUGAGUUUUUCAACGUAAACUUUCAUUCACAGCUGCCGCUAUUACGGUGAUCAAUUUUUUUUUAAUCAGCCUGUAGUGCGAGAGCGGCGCACGAAAUAGCCACACUCUAUCGUUAAAUAUUGCACUAUUUAUUGACAAACGUGCCGUCUUGUUUAGAAAGCAAGUAAGUAAAUCGAUUUUACAGUUGCUUAUCUGGUGGAUUCGUUUGCGAGGGACAGAGCUAUUCUUUAUUAAGAAAUUUUCGCCGGAGACUAGGUUCGUUGCUUCGAGAGCUACAUUUGGAAAAUAUUCCAUAUUUUUGUAAAUAAAGAUCGGUAGAAAGUGAAACCUAAUUAUCGCUCCCGAUGAAAAUUGUCCAAAGUUUUGCGACAGUAAUUCCGAAUGUCGAAGUACUUGUGCUAACGUCGUUACGCUUAUCUUUCCGUCAACAUCGAGGACCGCUGAUCGGUGUCGAUCGGAGGACACGAAACACGCGAGCAAUAUGAUUGUCUUCUUCUUCUUUCUUCUUUAUAGAUCGCUAUCAAAAGAAGCCGGAAGAACGCAAUAAAACAGUUUGGUAUCAUUUUGUAACCGUUUCGAGUGAUUCUCCCAUCAAUUAUUGGAUCGAUUAUUAAUCGAAGUCUACCUAAUCCGAGGAACAUUCGAUCAGCUCGUGAACGAACGUUCGAUGACUGGAAACCUUUUGUCCCGUCCUGUAUUACCUUUCCCUUGCAUUUCACCGAUCGAUCCGCGGGUAUUAACGCGAUUCUAAACAAAGAAGUCUUUCCGACUCCGAAAAUUAUGAACGAUUGAAUACAAUCGCGUGUACAAAAACGGGGGAGAAGAGAGAAAGAGAGAGAGAGAGAGAGAGAGAGAGAGAGAGAGAGGAGAAAAAAGAGUAGCUGCACCACGUCAACGAUUUUUAAUGUCGACGCACGGCAGAUCCGCCGUGAACAUUUCGAAACGCACGCACGGAAAUCCACGAGAAAAGAGAAUGGAAUAAAUUGUAAUUAAUCUCCUCGACGAUACGCAUCCAUGACGAGGACACGAAUACUCACCGGUGAGAGAGAAAGAAGCGCGCGUAGCUGUUAAUGAAUUUUCCCUGGUUAUAGGAUGACAAAAUUGUGAGAUAUGGCACACGACGCACAACAGCGCGAACGUAGUCAGUGAAAUCUGCAUUUCAUUUUCCUAUUAACGACAUCUAAUUUGCGUUAUCGUUCCGUCCCCAUUUCCGAAGCAUUUUUACUCUAUCUUCUCUCCUCCUCCUCUCGUCGAUUGAUUAUUUUCCUGCAAAAUCGGAUCACCCUCUAUCGAUUUAUCGAGCCCAUCCAUUAAAAAGCAAUUAAUCCUUUUCUACGAAAGUGUCUGCCGCAUCGGAGAGAACGUUUGCCGAAGCCUUCACUCGAUGAUUGUACCUCGUAUUUUCUCGUAUGUUAUGUAUUCAUAGAAUUCGCAAUCUAGAGUUGUCAACGGCUAUCGAUCGAACUGUAUUAAGUGUACCAAUAAAUAAUCGAUUAUUUUCCUAAUAACAUGGCGUUACAGUUGAAAUUCAAUAUAUUUUCCCACCUAUCGAUGCGAUGUGAAAAAUCUUCACGACAAUUUCACGGACAUUGCGAAGCAUGUUGCGGCGAAUUAAAAAAGAAAUAUUAUAUGCUUAUUGGUACACCAAAUAUUAUCGUUUCCAGCCCUCGCGUACUAUUCGAAUAAUUGUUACAUUGAUAUCCGUUUGCGUAAAUUGUGACAAUAGUCGAACUAAUUUUGGCAAGCGUGUUCGAAACUGAAUUCGACCGGUCGUUAAAAUUAAUUAGGCAGGUCGAUGCAAGAAAUAUCGUUUCGUAACCGUUGGAAUCUGGAAACGUUCGAAUCGGCUUGUUUCGAGACAACGUUAGACACCGUUAACGUCGGGAAACUGAUACUUCUUUUCGCUUCGCGAUUGCUCAAGGCGAGCCGAGAAUCCCGUGUUAUUUUCGUUAUCGUCAACAUUUAUGCAAAACUGAUUACGUUGCUCGUGCGCUUCUGAUACGCACGAUGGUCGCCACGAUAAGGAAAAUCGUUUUCAUAACGAUCGUUCUUAACUUCGCGCGUUUUCCUCAAACGAACACGUCAUGGUCUCGACGCGACGAACGCGAUCAUUCGUAUAAUUUUCCGCGGAAAACCGUUUAAACAAAAAAAAAAAAAAUAAAAGGAAAAAAAGAAAGUUGCGAGACCAAGUUGCGUACCCAAAGGGUACGCAAACGAUGUUCCGCCGUUUGAAUUGUUACCUCGAGUCGAUGAACGAAGACGCAAAACGUUCGUUAACCGUAUCUUCGUUCCCCAAGAAACUUUUAAUCUAGAGAAAACUUCUGCACAGGGCCGGUAAAAAGUUUCGUUGAUUCCAUGCGCGACGCAUAAUAGCAAACGUGUCCGUCUACGUUCGUUUUGCGUGGAGGAUGAAACAGAGCUGGCAGAGAAGGAAAGUUAGGCAAAAUGGUGACACCGAAAGCACGAUUACGAAUUAUUGUUUGAACGAUGUAUAUUUUACUAACGGCGUCGAGUGAUCCCUGAUAUCGUGUUAAGGUAUUGUAAAGAAAAAUCGUCAGCGAUACGUCUGUUUGUUCCUUUACCGAAUAAGUACCGCCGCCAUAUUGUACGUUUAGUUAUAGGUUUACCGUUAAAACUUGUCUCUGUAGAUCUAGUAAGUAUUAUACGUGUCAAGAUGAUAGAUUUAUAAUAACGUGUAAUAAUGUCAACAAUAAAGUACUGUUAAGUAUA